GAAAUCGCUAGUCAGUUUUCGAGCGAUCACCGGGCGGAGUGGACAGCCGUUCGAUGCAUUCAACGAUGAGACUGAUCUUCACCCUGGUUGCUUUAGUGCUGAUAACGUCACACGAUCGACUUAUUUCGUGCAACGAUUCUUCGGAAGAGGACGACAUUUUUAAAGAUUAUAAGGUAUGUCCCGGCGGAUACUGUCUUGCUCCUCAUAUGUGUAGAAACGGAUCGGUCAACGUCCAUGGUAGCGAUAUCAUUGAAGUACGAUUUGACGACGAAGACGAACCCAUUUAUGUAGAUCUAGACGACCAAAGCGACCCGUGCGAAGAAUUCCUAAUGAAAUGCUGCGCUGUAAACGAAGGAGUCCGUUCUUCGCCAAACGUGCCGAUUAAACCACCAGUACAGGAAGAUUCGGAUGAGGCCUUCGAACUGCCGCCUCCAACCUGUGGCAUAAACCGUCCCAACGGGUACGUCUAUCGAGUUACCAAGAGUGAUAUUGCCCAGUUUGCCGAAUUCCCCUGGAUGGCAGUACUGUUGGAGCGCCGGACGCUUCUCGACAAAGAUACCUUACUGUACUUUUGUGGUGGAUCUCUGAUUCACCCACAGGUGAUUCUGACGGCCGCCCAUUGUGUGAAGAAUUUGAUCAACGCUAUGGACACACUGUUGGUGCGAUUAGGCGAAUGGGACACGGUAACGGUUAAUGAACCACUUAAGCACGAGGAACUAGGAAUUCGGAAAAUCAUUAUUCACGAAAAUUACGUGGACCGAAUUCACCACAACGAUAUAGCUCUGCUAAUACUGGAGAAAAGGGCUAACCUGAACGUGCACAUCAAUCCAGUCUGUCUGCCCAAAACGGACGACAACUUCGAUGGCCAGCGCUGCAUGGUUUCCGGGUGGGGCAGGGAGAACUUCAAACCGGAUGGAAAGUAUUCGGAAGUGUUGAAGAAGGUUGAACUGCCGGUUAUUCCGCGGAAGCGGUGCAAACAAAUGUUCAGAGCGACCAGCUUGGGACCGCUGUUUCAGUUGCACAAAAGCUUCCUAUGUGCCGGUGCCGAGGCUGGCGUGGACACGUGCAAAGGAGACGGCGGGUCGCCGUUGGUCUGUAAGCGUGACGGAGUAUUCGUCCAGACCGGAAUCGUUGCCUGGGGUAUUGGCUGUGGUGGGGCUGACGUUCCUGGCGCGUACGUAAAAGUGUCGCAGUUUGUCGAAUGGAUCGCGGAGAAGAUACAGCAAGAAGGGGUAUAGUUCUGGGCAUUCUAGUGAAUUAUGAAAGAUGAUUAGAAAUAAACCUAGUGCGUCUAGUAAGCUU